AUGUCCAAAGGAACGGUCCUCAUUUCUGGCUUAAAUGGCUUCAUCGCCGCCGUCACGGCAAAGUACCUCUUGGAAAACGGCUACAGCGUGCGUGGAACAGUCCGCAAAUCCUCUUCAGCAGCACCGCUCGUCGAGGGACCUCUCAAGUCUUAUGCCCAAACCGGCGCCCUCUCUGUGGUCGAGGUUCCUGAUAUCACCGUUGCCGGCGCCUUCGAUGAAGCCGUCAAAGGCGUGAACGCAAUCGCACACCUCGCUUCCCCUGUAUCAUUUAAUUUUGAUGACCCGGACCCGAUCAUAAAAGCAGCCGUCGACGGCACAAAGACACUUCUGAAUAGUGCAGUCAAGGCCGGACCCCAAGUCAAAACGUUCGUCUACCUCUCCUCCAUCGUGGCCAUUAUGACUGCGGACCCAGCCCCCUACACCUUCACCGAGAAAGACUGGAACAACUGGGCCGAGCCAACCGUCGCGGAGAUGGGCAAGGGGACGCCUGGCCCAGUCAUCUAUAGUGCUUCCAAAGCCGCCGCCGAGAAAGCAUUCUGGAAGUUCAGGGAUGAUAUUAAGCCUUCUUUCACGCAGACGGCGCUUAACCCUGUCUUUGUCAUCGGACCGGCUCUCAUUGCGCCCAAGACAGCUGCAGAAGUUGGUGAGACAGUCCGCGCUAUCUGGAAUAUCUUCAGCGGCGGUGAGUUUCCUCCACCAGGCCUUACCGCUGGUCUCGGCAACACCGUCGACGUUCGCGAUGUCGCGGCUCAGAUCGAAUAUUCCAUCUCGCAUCCCGAGGAGACAAACGGUGAACGCUACAUAAGUUCUGCGGCUGUUGCUACGGCACAAUCGACCGCGGAUAUUCUCCGGAAGGCAUUCCCAGAUGCGAAGGGAAGGAUUGUAGAGGGAACACCAGGACAGGGGUACAGCCCUGACUAUAAGCUACUGGAUAAGGAGAAUGUGCAAGAUGCGGAUGGGAGCAAGGCGAAGAAGUUGCUGAAAGGCGGGGAGUAUAUUCCUCAUGAGAAGAGCGUGAUCGAUACGGCGAAGAGUUUUGCGCAUUUAGUUUGA